AUGUCGCGCGCCAAACCCGCCACACACGAAAUCCCUCCCAUGAAAGAUCUAACAACAGAAAACAUCACCGAAAACGUAAAUCUCAUCAACUCACAAUGCGCCGACCCACGCAUUCGCUUCCUCAUGGAACGGCUAGUUGUCCACCUGCAUGCCUUUGCGCGCGAGACUCGAUUGUCUAGCAAAGAAUGGGCAGCCGGACUCGAUUUUCUUGUCGCAAUAGGGCAAAUCAGCAACGAUCUACGCGGGGAGAUGAUCUUACUUUCAGACACUCUGGGUUUAAGCAUGUUAGUUGAUUCAAUUGAUCAUCCGCGAUCAUCAAAUUUCACAGAAGGGACUGUCCUGGGCCCGUUCCACACACAUGAUGCGCCGGUGACGGAGAAUGGGUAUGUGUUACAUAGGGAUCCGGAUGCGACGAGAUUGUUUGUGCUAUGCACCGUAAAAGAUUCAAAGGGGAAUACUGUCGGGGAUGUGCAAUGUGAUGUGUGGGAAGGAGAUUCAAAGGGGUUCUACGAUAUACAAAACCCGGAUCGAGCGGAGCCAGAUGGGCGCGCUGUGCUACGGUCGAGUAGAGAUGGUGUCUUUUACUUCAAUGCGGUUGUGCCGGUGCCAUAUCCCAUCCCGGAUGACGGACCCGUCGGCAAAAUGUUGAAGGUGCUUAACCGCCAUCCGAAUCGACCGGGUCAUGUGCAUUUCAUGUUCCAGAAGGAGGGAUACGAUACUCUCAUCACGGCGCUGUAUCCACGAGGAGAUCCAUAUGAGACGUCAGACCCAGUCUUUGGUGUGAAGGAUUCGUUGAUUGUGGACCUCGAAGAAGUAGACGAGGGGAUUUCGAAGCAGUAUGAUGUUGCAGUUGGAACGAAGUUGUUGAGAUAUGACUUUAUUCUUGCGACGGAAGAGGAGGCUAUGGAGAUGCGAGUAGCAAAGGCGACAGCAGCUGUGGGCGCAUUAGGGAUGAAGGCAAAGAUAGUCAAUGGACUGCCGAUUCCAGAAUUAGAUUAG